AUGAGUAAAAAUAAUGAAACAUUUACUGAUCGUUGGCUACAAACAUUAAAUCCAAAAAUUUUAAAAUUUUUAAAAAGAAAAAGUUUCAAUAAAAUGACACCCGUACAGGCUAUAACAAUUCCACUUUUUCUUAAACAUAAAGAUGUUUGUGUUGAAGCUGUAACUGGUAGUGGAAAAACACUUGCAUUUAUUGUACCAAUACUUGAAAUGCUUUUAAAAAAAUAUACAAAUGAUAAUAAUUUUGAUAAAUAUCAUAUACAUUCAUUAAUUAUAUCACCAACACGUGAGUUAGCUCAACAAACAUUUGAGGUCACCAAUGAAUUUAUUCAAUCAUUUAAUGAUCAAAAACAUUUUUCAUGUAUUCUAUUUGUUGGUGGUACAAAACAUGAAUAUGAUAUAGAACAAUUUCAAAAGAAUGGUGGAACAAUUGUUAUUGCAACACCAGGUCGUUUUGAAGAAUUACUUAAAAUAAAAAAUACUUCAUUUAAUCUUAUUUCAAAUCUUAAAAGUCUUGAAAUGCUCAUUUUGGAUGAAGCUGAUCGUUUAUUAGAUUUGGGAUUUUUAACUAGUCUAAAUGCCAUUUUCGAUGCUCUUCCUAAACAAAGACGAACCGGUUUAUUUUCUGCAACUCAAACCGAUGAAUUAGAAAAAUUAAUUCGUGCUGGCCUUCGAAAUCCUGUACGAAUAACCGUUAAACAAACUGGCUCAGCUGCUGAUCAACGUACACCAUCAUCAUUAAAAAAUGUUUAUAUGAUAUGUGAACCAAAUGAAAAAUUAAGUCAAUUAAUUCAUUUUAUAAAUGAACAUCGUCCAGCUAAGAUAAUGAUAUUUUUUUCUACAUGUGCUUGUGUACAAUAUUUUGCAAGUAUACUUAAAUAUCUUUUUCGCUCAUCAACAUCAACAAAAAUUUAUUCAAUACAUCGAAAAUUACGUAAUAAACGUUCAACUGUUAUUGAACAAUUUCGUACUGAAACAUCAACAACAACAACAACUAUCCUUUUAUGUACAGAUAUUGUUGCACGUGGUAUUGAUUUACCUGAUGUUGAUUGGGUUAUUCAAUUUGAUCCACCAACAACAGUUGUACAAUUUGUUCAUCGUUGUGGUCGAACAGCUCGUCUUGGUAGACUUGGAAAUGCACUUUUAAUGCUUCUACCAAAUGAAGCUGCAUAUGUGAAUUUUCUUCUCAAUAGUCAAAAAGUACCAUUAAGUGAAAUGGUGACAGCCGAUAUAAAAACUAUUGAAAAUGUUGUACCCAUCGUACGACAAUUAGCAACUACUGAUAAAGCUAUUUAUGAUCGAUCGAAACAAGCAUUUGUUUCUUAUGUCCAAGCUUAUGCUAAACAUGAGUGUUCACUUCUUUUACGUUUAAAAGAACUUGAUUUAUGUGGAGUUGCUCAAGGUGCUUUUGCACUUCUUCAUUUACCAAAAAUGCCUGAAUUAAAAAAUCGUGAUACAUCAAAUUUUAAUCAACAAAAUCAACCAAUUGAUCCGGAAUCUAUUCCAUAUAAAGAUAAAAGUUUAGCAAAAAAACGACAAAUGGAAAAAGAAGAUCCAAACAUGAAAAUAAAAAAACGUGUUAAAACCGUUGCAUUUUCGAUAAAAAAAGAAAACAAACUUAAAAAACGUUUAAAACGUUUACGUCGGGAACAAGCAGAAAAUGAACGAAUACUUGGUGCUGAAAAUGAACUUGCUGAAAAUGAAAAACAUAUUGAUGACAUUGCAAAAGAAUAUAGUAAAUUGAAAAAACAACGACGAUUACAAAGAUAUAAUGUAAGAAUACUUUAUUUUAUUUGA